GAAACUGUAAAGGUGACACACUGAAUGAAAAGACAGAAUAGGAAGAAUCUGCUACCUGGUGAAAGGAGAUGACAGAGAGUUAUCUCUCUUGACCUGGGCUCUGGGUGGGAAAAACUACUCAUUCCUAGAAUUGAAAAUCACCUUUCCUCUCAGGUGUUUGGGGUUCAAAAUUGCACUACUUAAGUGAUCUGGAUAAUCACUGGAUAAGAAAUUAAAUUACUGUGUACGUUAUUUGAUAGUGUACAAGGACAUCGGACAGAAACAAAGUAAACCCUCUCUGGAAGGACAUCUACACAGGCAUCCCAAGCCUGGCCAGAGACGAGCUAACAGUCCAAAAUGACCAGACACUUGAAGUGAUGCUUCCUGAAAAGAGUCAGUAGAAAACAAACUGUAGAAUCAGGUUCUCAAGAACUUAGGAAUUGGAACCAUUAGAUAUAAAAGAUUGAGUAAGUAUUUUUAAAAUGUUUAAUGAAAUAAAAGGUAGAAAGAAAACAGGAGAGAACAGAAUGUCAUCCCAAAAGGCAAGGAAGAUUUGGAAAAGAACAAGAUAAUGCUUUUAGUAAUAAAAAUGCAAGUUUGUAAAUGGUUACUUCAACGAUGGCUUAAACAGCAGACUAAAUAUAACUGAAGAGAAUUAGAGGACGAGGUAGACCUGGCAUCACGCAGACAGAAACGUGGGUUGAGAGACACGGGGAACGGGAUGAGAAGGUCUAUCACAUGUCCACGUGAAGAGGAUCAAGAGAAUGGGGUGAGGACAUGCUCCACGGACAUACCUGAGAGUCAUCCGGGAGCAUGGGAUGAAAAGCAGCAGUCUUCCGAUUCAGGAAUCAUAGUGCUUCCUCUGUAAGAUAAACGAAAAGUUUACCCCUUGCUGCCUAGUGGUGAUACUGCAGGACACUUCAGAGAUUUUUACAGUCGCCGAGAAGAAAAGACAGGCGAGCAGCAGGCUCCCCACCCGGAACCGCAGAAACCAGAGGUCAGCCGAUGGGGCCUUCAAAGCUGGAGAGAACAGGACUGAGAACCCAGAGUUGCGGUCCUGGCUGCCCCACCACCCAGGCGCCGGGCCACGGAGGAUGCCACGGAGCUGCUUCCCACCAACGGACCCUGCCAUAGAGGGAUUCCAAAGGAUGGGCCAGAGGGCAAAGGCCACCUGAAGAUGCCACUGGAGAGGAAGGAGACCCGGGGUGUAGAGAAUGGCGAGCAAGGAGUUGGACGGUAGGUCUGAGCAAACGUCUAAAACAGUUAUAAUAGGGCCGAACCCCGGGGCGCAGCCGUGCCGGCCCCCACCGGCCAGAAGCCGCGGCGGAGACCUGGAAACUACAGCCCCCGUGAGGCUCUGCGCGCGCGCAUGCGCCGUGGCACGCGUGGCACGCGUGGCGAGCGGUGUGCGUGGCGCGCGUGGGCGUUCUAGAACGCAGCAGCUAGGGCCCCGGCGCCAUGUUGGGGCCGAGGGGACGGCGGAGAGGCGCUUGAAGCGGCGGGAGCGGAGCGGGAGCGGGUCGGACCUGGGCUGGUAGGAGCCCCGCCCCUCCCGCCUCAGCGGAUCAUGACUCGGGCGGCCGCGGAGGUCGCGGUGGCGGGGGACGCGGCGUGGCGGGGCCAGCGCUAGAGAUGAUGCCGUUUCCGGUGACCACCCCGGGAUCACAACAGACCCCGCCGCCGCCCAAGCACUAUGGCGUCUCCUCCCCCAUCAGUUUAGCACCCCCCAGGGAGACUGACUGCAUACUUACCCAGAAAUUAAUUGAAACCCUGAAGCCCUUUGGGGUUUUUGAAGAGGAAGAGGAACUACAGCGCAGGAUUUUAAUUUUGGAGAAAUUAAAUAACCUGGUAAAGGAAUGGAUACGAGAAAUCAGUGAAAGCAAGAGUCUUCCACAAGCUGUAAUAGAAAACGUUGGAGGGAAAAUCUUUACAUUCGGUUCUUAUAGAUUAGGGGUGCAUACGAAAGGUGCCGAUAUCGACGCGUUGUGCGUGGCACCAAGACAUGUUGAUCGAAGCGACUUUUUCACCUCCUUCUAUGGUAAAUUGAAACUACAUGAAGAAGUAAAGGAUUUAAGGGCUGUUGAAGAGGCAUUUGUACCAGUUAUCAAACUGUGUUUUGAUGGGAUAGAGAUUGAUAUUUUGUUUGCAAGAUUAGCACUGCAGACUAUUCCGGAAGAUUUGGACCUAAGAGAUGACAGUCUGCUUAAAAACUUAGAUAUUAGGUGCAUAAGAAGUCUUAAUGGUUGCCGGGUAACUGAUGAGAUUUUACAUCUGGUACCAAACAUUGACAACUUCAGAUUAACUCUGAGAGCCAUCAAGUUGUGGGCCAAAUGCCACAAUAUCUAUUCCAAUAUAUUAGGUUUCCUAGGAGGUGUUUCCUGGGCGAUGCUAGUAGCAAGAACUUGCCAGCUUUAUCCAAAUGCGAUAGCAUCAACUCUUGUACGUAAAUUUUUCUUGGUGUUUUCUGAAUGGGAAUGGCCAAAUCCAGUGCUACUGAAAGAGCCUGAAGAACGGAAUCUUAAUUUGCCUGUCUGGGACCCAAGAGUAAAUCCCAGCGAUAGGUACCAUCUCAUGCCUAUAAUUACACCAGCGUACCCACAGCAGAACUCCACGUACAACGUGUCUGUUUCAACAAGGAUGGUCAUGAUUGAGGAGUUUAAGCAAGGGCUUGCUAUUACACAUGAGAUUUUGCUGAGUAAGGCAGAGUGGUCCAAACUUUUUGAAGCUCCCAGCUUCUUUCAAAAGUACAAGCAUUAUAUUGUACUUCUAGCAAGUGCGCCAACAGAAAAACAACAUCUAGAAUGGGUGGGCUUGGUGGAAUCAAAAAUCCGAAUCCUGGUUGGAAGCUUGGAGAAGAAUGAAUUUAUUACACUGGCACAUGUGAAUCCUCAGUCGUUUCCAGCACCCAAGGAAAAGCCUGACAGGGAAGGAUUUCGUACAAUGUGGGUGAUUGGGUUAGUGUUAAAAAAGCCGGAAAACUCUGACGUUCUCAGUAUUGAUCUCACCUACGAUAUCCAGUCUUUCACAGAUACAGUUUAUAGGCAAGCGAUAAAUAGUAAGAUGUUUGAGAUGGAUAUGAAAAUUGCUGCAAUGCAUUUGAGAAGAAAGGAACUUCAUCAACUACUACCUGGUCACGUGCUUCAGAAGAAGAAAACACACUCGAUGGAAGGUGUCAGAUGGACAGCUUUGGAUGACGGCAGCCUCGACUUGUCUGUAGACAGUGAAGACAGCACGUCUGUGUCUUCACUUCCUGGCUCUAUGAAGACUGGCCCAGUGACUGGCAGCGCUCAGGGCAGAAGCAUUCCUGCCCCGGCUGUGAUGGCAGCAUCUGUGACCAGCGUACAGGUUCCUGAAGUUUCCUUACAACAAGCAAAUCCCAGCGACAGCCUGGGGAGCACGUCCAGCGGAAGCGUCCCUCAGACUGCCCCACAACCAAAUAUUUCUCCACCGCCGAAGCCCAUGGUCACCAGAGUUGUUUCCUCAACACCUCUGGUCAACAUCCACCCAGGCCUUCAGGGAGCGCAGCAGCAAACAUAGCUAACCCUAUCAUAGGAGUCUAGAGGACAUUGUCACGUCACAAAGAAGAAAGGACCAAGGAAACCAAAACAGAAGAGGAACGGUCUCAUAAAGAGACAGGUGCGACUCAAUUGGAAACUAUUCAGACAGCAGCUUCUCUGUUGGCCUCAUGGGGAACAUCCAGUGCAGACCUUCUCAGUAUCCCUGCUCUCCCUGCAAAUCUUAUUCCUAUUAUCAAGAAUUCAGUAAAACAGAUUGAGAAGAACGAUCUCAAGGGUCUGUAAGCAGCGUCUGCCAACUCAGCCUGCUGUCUUCAAAUGCUAAAGGAGGAGGACGAAGGGCACCAAACUAGACAUGGUUCAGAAUAGCUUUGUUAGGCUUAUUUGAUGACUUCCUUUAUUGGGCUUAUCUUAAUCAGAAGUCCAGGUUAGUAUGUGAAGCCAGAAGUACUGUUAAUUAACGUGUCAGAUUAUUUAUGUGUCAGCCACAGUUAAACACUAACUAUUUCGAAGGACUCCUGCCCUUAAAGAGGAAAAAGAGAGAAAAAAACCCUCCAGCUAUGUUUGUACCCAUGACUGACAUUGGGACUGGAUUGAUGUUGGAUGCAUUGUUGGGGAAAGUUUGCAGUACAAACUAGUAUCAGAAUUCCAUGCUGGUGAUGCACUUUAUAUUUUUAUUAGACAGUAGAACAAAUUUUAGAUUUUUCAGCUUGAUGAAUUUCAGAUUUUUCCUGAAUGAUGUUCUUCAUUAUUAAUCUUCAGAUUGGUUCCCAUUGUGCAGUGGUGUACUGUACUUCAGAAAAAGCAUAAAGUACAUCUAGCUCUGUCCCUGUGAGAGCUGUAACCCUUUAAAAUGAAAUGUCAACUCUUAGGGUAUAUAUUUGGCAUUGAAACAGUAAUUAGUAAGUGUUUGGUUUUGAUGGGACGGGAUCAAGAAAUGAUUGGUUUUAUCUGAAGAACUGUUUCAGAGUGCAUACAGUCAGCCGUCAAACAGCAGAUACUGUCCUGAGCUAACAGAGCUCCAUAUUCUCUUGUCCUUAAUCAUUUGCCCUAAAAGAAAAAGAGCUUUUUGUGUCCCCUGCCCCCGCCGCCUUCUCUUUGCUUGUGUGCACAAGGUAUGCUUAUAUAUCGUUUCACAGAAAACUCAGUAUGCUAGUAUUUUCUUAACCAUGAUGUGAAACCAACAGUCCUGUGGCCACAUGGCUAAUAUUUUAGUAAAGCUUUACUGAAAGUAAUUCCUGUGAAGCAUGUUAUCCAUCUUGGAUGGUCAUUUGGUCUCCACAUAAGAGAAGAUUUGUAUACUCCACAGAAUCCCUGCUUAUAGGAAAGUUAAUUUCUAAUUUAAACGUGUAAGCAAAAAAGCAUUUUCUCCAGAAUUUUAAACCAAUUUUUAUUUGUAAAUGACUUCCUAAAAUUCAUCAGUAAAACUUACAUGUAGAAACAUCAGAAAUUUCUAGCAAGCACUUGACAUCUAGUCAGCUUUCUACUCUUUUGUUUUAUCCUGCAAAAGAUUCGAAAUAAUAACCUUUUUUUAAAAAAAACCAAAAAAGACAGCUCAUAAUUAGCAGCAGAACAUUCAUGUUUCUCAACAGUUGUAGGUGAAUGAAAACAGUCUUUCUUAAUCUGGACACAGCAAACCUAACAGGUUUUCCAAAUAGCCUGAUGCUGAUUCUUCCUGUCCCCCAACAGUGUUCCUUUCUACCACGUGUGCGUUUUUCAUGUUAAACUGCAGCUUCUUAAACCCUUUCCCUAUCCUUUUAAAUAAUUUCCCCCAAAGUUGGAAUAUAGUCAUUUCUGUUGUGGGCUGUGCAGUAAUUGAGACUUUCUGUUCACCAUGACUUUCUGACGCCUAAUACACAGUGUUCCCACUACCUGUGCAGUCCCCUUCCACCACAAUAAAAUCAGGUGAAGUGUGUACAGUACCUGUGUAUUUGGAAUAGCUAUUGUGUCCUUGAAAUUGCCACGCACAGAUUUAGUCUUGUCAUUUUAUUCACACAUUGGCGAAAAAUUAGUUUAUUAAAUGUUUCGUGUAACUGUACUUGUUUUACCAAGCUGGGAAGUUGGAGCUUUUUAAUUCUAGUUUUCGUUACCUGAAUAUCAGACUAUUUUUUUCAUAUGGUGUGCAUAGUAUCUCAUGACUGGAGUUUGCUUUGUUUUAUAGUAUCUGUACUCCUUGUAUUUUUCAAGCACUAUUUUGAAAACAGAUGAUGUAUUUCUCCAUUAAAAAACACAAUAAACGUAAGCAAGAAAGAAGCGAGCAGAGGGGUUUAAAUCUGAUGAUAACAGUUCAGAUGUUCAUACUGUUGUUCUGGUGGGUAAAGCCACCGAUGAACGUUUCGACUUACUUGAAGUCUAGAAUUCAUGUUAUAAUAGGGAAAAAACAUGAAAAGGUUAAAACUUCAUAUCACUAGUGGUACAAAAAAAAUGGAGUUAAAAAAUCUUAAUCCAAAAGAAGGCAGGAAAGAGGUGGGGGCGGGGAGGUGGGAAGCAUAGAGAAAAUGGUGUAGAAAGAAAAUACAAUCUAAGGUGGUGGAAAGGAAACGAAAUAUAUCUGUCACUAUAUACAUAAUAAAUGGACUAAGCUUCCUGAGUAAAAUUUGGAGAUUGUCAAGAGUCCAUGGAAAACUAAGCCCAGCUGUAUGCUCUUUAUUUAUGAGAGACACACCCAAAACGUAAGACAUAAAGAAUGGAAAAAAGGCCAAUGGAAAGCUGUUACAGUAACAAUGUUAUCCAAACAUUUCAAAGCAAAAAUAAUUACUAGGGACAAAAGGGACCACUGAAUUAAUGAGAGAAGAAAUAGUGCAGCAGGAAAGGGGACCAAUUUAAUUUUUUUUGCACCUAGUAAAAUAACCUCAACAUAAAGCAAAGAUUAACCGAAAUUGCCAAAAGUGUCAUUGUCACAGAAGAUUUUUAAACGACUCUUUUCAUUAAUUGAUACUAAGCAGACGACAAGUAGAAGGGAAACAGUUUUGAACACAACAACAGUGCUUGGCAGACUUUUCCUGUAAAGGGCCAGAUAGGAAAUAUUUUCAGCUUUGUGAGGCUAUACAAACUCUGCCUUUGUAGAGUGAAAGCAGCCCUGGACAAUAUGUGAACAGAUGGCCAGGGCUGGAUUUGUCACCCAUUCCCCCCGGCUGGCAUUCGUCGUCCCUGAUCUAUUGGGCAUUUGUUAUAGAAACUUCCACUCAACAAUUAGAAAAUGCAUGUUAUUCUCAAGCACUUGGACAUGUAAAAAAAAAAAAAAUAACCUCAUGCUAGAUCCAGAAAGUAAGACUCAACAUAGUUCAAGUUACCUGAUUCAUAGAACGUGUUCUCUGACUGCAGAACAGUAAGUUAGGAACAAUGACACACAGCAUAGAGAAGAAUUUCCUAAAGAAGACACGAGAAAGCUCACACCGUGGAGACUGAUGAACAGAAUCUCUUAAUCGUAUUGAGUAAUGAACAGUGAAAACUGAAAAACAGGCUGUAAGCCGGGAGAUUUCAUAAUACGUAAAACAAAUGAUUACUAUCCAGGCCAUGUUAAGGAUGAAGAAAAAAGUCUAUUUGAAAAGAUGAAACAACCCAAUAAACUGGCAAAAGAGAUGCGUAGGUAUUUCACAGAAGAGGAACUAAGAAUGGACAAUAGACAUGGAAAGGUGCUCGAUCUUGUUAGUGAGGAAAAUAGGAUUUAAGACCACAGAGCUAUUUUUCUUUUACAAAAAUGAAGCCUAACAAUAUUCAGGUUUGGCGAGGAGGCGGGGGGAGUACACGCUGUCUGGUCCCUUCAGGAGAAGGUGGCUGUUGUCUAGUGUGGCCGACGUGCCCGCACCCUGUGCUCCAUUCCUUCUGCCCUGGGGGCUCCACUCCCACACUGUGGGGCACUGGUGAGUUUAACCUUACCAGUCUCUUUAUCCCUUGAGGUGGCCAGAGUUUGUGGGCCACCGCUGCAGCCGUGUCCAGAACCCUACAACCCUCUAGUUUACCUCCAGCGUGCCAUGGGGAUGUCAUCGUUUCCCUCACAUGCCAUGGUAUCAGAAAAGUCAGGAAGCACUUUCCUAGAAAGACCGUCCCACAGGUCACCAGGAGACGAGUAGGGAGUGUUUGCGGCAGCAUUUUGUAAUAGCCUGAAGCUCGAGAUGACCCACAUACCCCUAAACGGGGAGAGGAGAGAGUGUAUUCACGCAGCAGACAGCGUAAAGCUGUGAGAUUAGAUGGACCAAAGCUUCAUGCAUCGGGGUAGGUGUGUCUCAUAGUGUUGAGGGGAAAGAGACAAUCACAGAAAACUACACAGUGCGGCACAAUCUACAGAAGGUUUACAGAAAAGCAAAAUAGGGCAGUAUAAUUUAGGGUGACAAAAAUGUGAGGUGUAACUAUAAAGGAAAAACGAGGGAACGUGAAAUAAAAUUCAGAAUAGCAAGGGCGAGAGGUGGGGAGAAGCAGGGGAGGUGCAGCUGCAAGAAAGCAGACUGGAAAUGUUCUACUUUUUGCAGGUUGGGUGGUGGAGGAAAUGGUGUUCAUUUUAUUAUUAGUCUCAGUUGUAUGCUUUCGUGUGUGUGUGUGUGUGUGUGUGUGUGUGUGUGUGAGAAGUAUUUUGUAAUCAAGAAACCAACAUCAAAGUGAUAUCUUAAAGACCUCUUUAUGGGUUAGGAAUUGCAUUUGUCCAGAUAACAAUUACUGAACUCCAUACAGGGUGCUUUUCUCUCACAUUACAGAGGGAGUAAGUUCAGGGCUGAUGGGGGAGCUUUCCUGGUCCCCAGGGACCCAGGCUUCUGCACUUUCAGCCCCACCAUUGUAGUCCAUGCCUUCCAUCCUCAAGGUCACCUCAAGGUGCAGGAUGGUGGCGGGACCGCUGCCAUCAUAGCCAUCAUAUCUUCAUUUAAGGCAGGAAGAAAGAAGGAAGGGGGCAAGGCCAAAGGUGUCCCUGCAGACUGUGUCCUCCUCCUAUGGAGCUUUCCUGGAAGUCCCUAGAAGAUGACAUUGCCUCGUCUUUCACUGACUGGAACUUAGUCACAAGGCCCUGCCUACCUGUGAGGGAGACCGGAAGUUGUAGUUUGUAUCAGCUGGUUACACGACCACCGUUCCCCACCAUUAUGCGAUGGGAGAAGGAGAGGAUGGGUGUUGGAAGGCAGUGGUAGAGCGAAUUACACAGAACUCAUAUGUUUACACAUUCAAAUGCUCCCCAAUAAGUCAGGAUCAAAAAAGACACUUUAAUGUGAAUUAGAACUGAACAGUAAUGAAAAUGCAACUUGUGGGAUGCAGCCAAUGUGGUAUUUAGAAGGGGAGGGUUAUGGCUUUAAAUGCUUAUCCUAGAAAAGAGUAAAGGCUGGCAGUUGAUGAGCUGUGUGCCUACAGAACUAGGUUAAAAAGGAUAUACAUUCAGUGAGAGAAGAAAGGAAAUAAUACAGAGCAGAAAAUAAAGACAAAAUAAACGUGCAGUGCAGAGGAUCAACAAAGUGAAGAGUAGGUUCUUUGAAAAGACUAAUAAAAUAGUCAAAACCGGGAAGAUUGUCGAGGAAGACUAAAGAUGGUACACAAGCGAUCUUAGGAAUUUAAAAGGGGAUAUAGCUACAAAUACGGUAGGUUUUUUUUUUUUCAGUUUCAUUUAAAGGAUCUUAUAGAUAGCUUUAUGGCAGUAAAUUUGAAAACUUAGACGAAAUGGACAAUCUCGUAGAAAAAGGUAACCUACCCAAACUCACUGAAGGAUAGAAAACCUGAAUGGAUUUAUAACCUUGAAAAGAAAUGGCAUGAGUAGUUUGAAAAUGUCCCCACCAAAACCAAAGUAAAUUCACAAAAACAAAACCUAGAAGGUUGUACAGGCCAAUUCUUACUGAUAUUCAGUGACAAGAUUAUUCCAAUAUUUUACAUCAGACUAUUCCAGAAAACAGAAAAAGAAGAAACAUUUUUUUACAACAAAUCUCACCUUCAUAUCAAAACCAGAGAAAGGGAACAUGAUAAAGAAAAGUUAUGAGCCAAAUUCACUUAUGAAUAUUGAUUUUGAAAACUAAAACCAAACCAGAAAUGUAUAUGAAAACCAUCAUGACCAAGUUUGAUGAAUCUCUGGAAUGCCGACAUGAUUUAACAUGUGAGAUGUCGGCUGGCAUGUCGACGCUGGUUGUUGGCAGGAGGCCUCAGCUCUCCAUAGGGCUGACCGAGUGUCCUCACAGCAUGGCGGCUGACUUAACCCCAGCACGUGAUCUGAGAGAGCCAGCCACAAGCCGCAGUGUCUUACGUGACCUGACCAUGGAAGUCACACUGCCACUUCCACCAUGUCUUUGUGAUUAAACGGGCCCUAUUCACAGUGGCAGGAGACUACAAAAGGGCUCGAAAAGCAGGAGGUCACUAGGGGCCAUCUUGGAGACUGACUUGCUCAUUGAUCAACAGGAAAAAUGGGUCCAUUUUAAUAUAUUGCAAUGGAAUACCAUACAGCACUGAAAACGAAUGAGCUGGAGAUACACAUAGCAAGUGGGUGUGUUCAUAUUGUAUGAUACCAUUUCAUCAGUUUUUUAAAAAAUGGCAAAUUAAAUAUAUUUUUCAGAGAUAUUUACUAUGUAUGUAUAUAAUAUCUUGGCCAUACUUAAUACAUGGAAAAAAAAAUAUAAAUCUGCACAUGGGAGUUACGACCCCAAAUCGGCGUAGCUGUUAUUUCUGGAUAGGAGAGAGAAGGCUCAGCCAUAUCUAGAAUGUUCUUUAUUUCUUCAGGCUGCAGCGGGUGCAUUAUUUUGUUCUUCAUACCCUUCUGGAUGCCUGAAAUGUUUCCUGCUUAUACAGAAGGGUGAAUAGGAGAAAAGAGAGGAAGCCUGUGUGUAGACAACUUUCCCACAAAGUUUGGCUGACAAGGCAGAAUUCAGUUCUUUGGGGCUGUGGGACCGAAAUCUCCAUGUUUUGUUUCCUUUCUUUUUCUUGCGAGCUGUGGACCAGAGCCCACUCUCAGCUCCUUUUCCUGUAGCCCCUCCCAUCGGAGCAGGGGGAGCCCUUGUUCAGACCCUUUUCUUCUGUGACCAGCUGGAGAACACUCUCUGCUUUGAAGUCACUCACAUGAUUAGGUUGGGCCCACUGGGUACUCUCUGUAUCUUAAGAUCAACUGCUCAGUUACCUUAAUUAUACCGGCAGAAUCUCUCUUGCCCAUGUACUUAAUCAUGGGAGUAACCGUAGGGGCAGAGAUCAUGGGGUCACCUUUAAUUCUGCUCCCACCGUGACCUUCCAUAGUUUUUCUGUGCUCAGAUGCUCCUGUACAGAUCUGUGUAAACAUGUACACAUGCAAACUUUUAGUCAGUUUUUUUUUAAUUAUUUUUUUUUAAAUUUCAUUUUAUCUUUGGCUGUGUUGGGUCUUCGUUGCUGCGCGCGGGCUUUCUCUAGUUGCGGUGAGCGGGGGCUACUCUUUGUUGUGGUGCACAUGCUUCUCAUUGCGGUGGCUUCUCUUGCUGUGGAGCAUGGGCUCUAGGCGCGGGGGCUUCAGUAGUUGUGGUGUAUGGGCUCAGUAGUUGCAGUGGGGAGGCUCUAGAGCGCAGGCUCAGUAGUUGUGGCCCACGGGCUUAGUUGCCUCGUGACAUGUGGGAUCUUCCCGGACCAGGGAUCGAACCCGCGUCCCCUGCAUCGGCAGGCGGAUUCUUAACCACAGCGUGACCAGGGAAGUCCCAGUUAUUAUUAUUUUAAAGUGGGAUCACAUACUUAGUUUUCUGUAUCUUUUCUUAACAAACUCCUUUUGAAAAUCUCCGCACAUCAUCUGUUAUCAUUCUGAUUCAUUCAUUCUAGGGCUUAUGGAAUAUUCCAUGGUGUGGUCAGAGCACUGUGUAUAUUUGGGGGUCGUUAAGAACAAUUUUGCAAUACAUAUUCCUGUAUAUACCGUAUUUCACCACAUAAAAGAUGUUAUUGAUUGUAAGAUCACCAUACCUACUUACCACUAACAUAAAAAAUCGUACAAGUUAAACGAGGAUACAAUGUCUUACUAUUAUUACUUGGGGUUCCUAGUUUUGUACUUACCUAAAGAGCUCUAAUAAACCUGAAGAUUUAUUUAAACACGGACUUUAAUCUGUAGUGGUUCUGUGCACAUGCACACACAAAAAGAUAACUAGGAGUGAAAUAAAUUCAAAGUCUUCUUUUCGACUCGAGCUGUCACUGUGCACAUUUCCACACGGUGCCCUUCUUUGUGCCCUCAAGAAUAUUGCUGAUGCCGCAUUUCUUGAAAGUGCUCCACUGUUAUCCCUGGGAUUUUCUCUCAAGCUGUUGGCCCCAAAUUCUGCAAGUUUGCACAUGACAACCAGAGCUCAUUCAUUCUUCAAAUGGCCCUUAAAUGGCUGAAAUAUUGAAGAAUCUCGCCCCCCAGGAACAAUAGCCAAGUUCUCACAUGACAGCUGCUGCCUGGGACACUCCACAAGAACGCAGCAUGCGUUCAGAGAUGUUAAAAUGUGCAAAAAAGUGUGUCUAGGAAUUGAUGAAAUACAUACCAUAAGUGCGUGCAUUCAUUCAUUCAUUCGUUUAGGAGGUUGAAAAGUAUGUACGUUUAAAAACUUACUUUCACCAGUUAUAUAUACGUGCACAGUUACAAGUGAUACUUUCUCAUUGCUGAUUAGAAAUAACAAAACGAAGCAAAAAUGCUGAAGCAGCCGGUCCCUGCACUAGCCUUCCCUCUUCCCGAUUUGCCCUGCCCAGAGGGAGCCAGUUUCAGUUGUGAACUGUUCCUUAUUUGGCAUUUAAUUCCACAGCUUAAAGUAACACAUUUAUCCCACUACUGCUUGGUUUUUACAUUUUGAGCCUGAUCUAGUGACUCCUUCCAUGAAGAUGAGAAUUCAGCUCUGUUCACCACCCGUCUUUGAAAACAUCAGCUUCCCUCGCCCUGUCCUCUCAGGACAGUUGUAAAUUUGUUUAGAUUAGUAAUCAGUGUUUACAUUUUUAGGACCAGAGACAGCUUUUUACAACAGAGGCCUGGUGUACACAAAGAUUACCUUUCCUUCUAGUCCAGCUUCCAGUCUCUUUGGAAUUAAUUAUUGGUAUUAUUUGCCCUUUUUCUUGGUACUUUUCACGAAUUCAGCAUUCCUCCAUCCUCUGCCAGUAUCUCUUUUCAAGAUGCUCAGGUGUGUGGCUGGUUUUAUCCAGUUUGGGCGCCUUCCGCCUGCUCAGGUCGGGCCGGUUGCUCUCGAGCCCGCUCUCAGCCGUCCUCACCCUGGUGUCUCUGCAGAGGAGACCCCCGUCUCUGCUCCCUUUUCCCUGGUUCUCGCUUUACACCUGGUUUACGUGGACCAGCUCCUCCCGUGGCCUCCUGGGAAAGUGUCCAUGAGAGGUGAAGUUGCUUGAAAAACCUUUGCUCCACCUUAAUGCUCGAUUAAUAGCUUAGCUGGGCGUAGAGCUUUAGAUGAAAAUACUUUUCUCUCCUAGAAUUUUGGAGGUCUCAGUCCAUUCCUUUCAGCUCCCAGUGCCUCCGGGAGAGGCUGGGGCGUGUUGGGACUCUCACUCCUUUGGACUUAAUCUCUCUCUCCUCCCUCUGGAGACGCGGGUAAUUUCUUCACGCUGCCUCAUUCUGCAGACUCACAGUGUGUGUCCUGGUUGGGGUGUGUUUGCACCCUUUCUGCUAGACUUUUGUUUUUUUAUGUAAAAAGUGAUGGUUGUUUCUGUUACUGUAUUUGUUUAUAAUGACCAUAUUCUCUUAACGUAUUAAGGUUAUUAAAAUUUGCUGUUUGCGUAUUUUGACCCCUUAUGCGUUUUUAAAUUUUUGGCCGUGUUCGGUCUUUGUUGCAGUGCGCGGGGCUUCUCAUUGCGGUUUGGCUUCUCGUUGCGGAGCGUGGGCUCUAGGCAUGCAGGCUUCAGUAGUUGUGGCAUGCGGGCUCAGUAGUUGUGGUGCGCGGGCUUAGUUGCUCCGCGGCAUGUGGGAUCUUCCCGGACCAGGGCUCGAACCUAUGUCUCCUGCAUUGGCAGGCGGAUUCUUAACCACUGUGCCACCAGGGAAGUCCCCCCUUAUGCGUUUUUAACCUCUACUGUGUGUCAGACUUUUAAGCUAAAAACGCAUGUUCUUCAGUUCUGAAAAAUCACAUCCCUCCUUGGAUCGUUCCUUCUGGUUCGUCUGUUAUCCAGGUUCUGCGUCUCCUGGACUGACGUGUUUUCCGGGUCUUUUCUCUCCUAGUUUCUCUUGUCUUCUUGCCCAAUUUUCAAAGCGGUUUCCAUGGCUGUCUCUUCCAGCCUGCACGAGCGUAGGGAUUUCGCUGCAGGGCAGUGGGGCGUCGGGCAUCCUCGGGAUGCAGCCUCCUGGGCAGGGAGGCUCCUCACUCUGGGCGAGAGACAGGGGGUGCUGACCUUCGCGACAAAGCUGGUCCUCCAGGUGGACCCGGGAAGGGGCGUCGGCGGCCCCUCCCGUGUGGGUCUGUGAGCAGGGGCGCCGGGUGGGCUGGUGUUGCUCGGUUUACCAGGAUCCUCUCCCAGGGAGGGCUCGAGGCUUCUCUGGGGAGUCACACAGGGCCUUUGGUUUCAGCUAAAGAAAGUUCCUGCUUCUGCCACACUGCUCUCUCGUUGGCAUGGUUCUGGAAGGCUCUGUUUCCAUCUGUGACUGGCUAACAAAUGGUCUGAGCGUUUGAUCUCCUCAGUUACCCAUUAUCUUAAUUAGCUUAUUAGUUCCUUCUAGAGACGGCUGCUCUUCCCUGAUUAGGGCCCUAAUUGGCAGGGGAAGGUCCAAGUUUUACCACGGAAAUAAUGCUCCUCGGUACUUGAAAAUGUGACUUCCCCCCACCUAAGAAAAUAAGACAUAUUCAUUAUUGGAAAUUUGGAAAAUAAGGGUAAGUAUUAGGUAGAGAGUAAAAAUCACCUGUAAAGUCACCGCCUAGAGAGAAUUGCUUUCAACAUUUUGGUGCCUUUCAUUCUUUUCUUACUGUUGCAUUACUUUUCUUACAUAAUUUAAAUCAACCUAUGUACAUAGUUUUAUAUAU